GUGAUUUGAAUAUGUCUAAGGAUCCUGAAAACAUUGACGUCCACGACUGCCAAAGACGACGAGGUGGGAACAAGAUCUGAUCAGUUUGCGUGGCAGCGAACAUCGAGCAGUCGAAAGGGGCACGCACAUCGACGACGUCGGCAGCCCACACGAUCAACGCAGCUGGUCCGAGGCUUCAAGCAUUCAUUGAUCAUCAAUUGCCCUCGCCAUUGCCAUUGCCAGACGACGCCCUCGACACGACACGACCCGACACGAUAUAUACAUUAUUGCCCCCAGACGUCAUGCGCUGAACAGAAACAACCAACAGGAGCCUCAGGAGACGACAGCAUGCUCCGUACCGGCGCAGCGCACGCCGGCGACGCAAACCAGCCUCGACAACAACAGCAGCAACACUACAACGAACGCUAUGAUCUGUCACGCGCCCGCUCGCCAGGCGGAGAUUCGGUUCUGACUGUCCGCAUUCCUGGCCACCAGCACCAACAUCAACACCAGCAGGAAGACACGAGUCGGCGGGGUAGCGUAAUCCACGGCCGGGGCCCCUCAGACUCGUCACAUUGGUCGCAUACCGACAAACACGCAAAUGGCCUGGCCAACCUGAAUCGUUGGUCCCAUUCGACCGCCUCUAGCAUCGCUUCCAUCGAUGUACCGCCAACAGUAGUCAAGCAACAGCAGCACUCGCACGCUCACGCCUUCUCGAACACCUCAAACCACGGCUUCCACACCGGCUCCAUCUGGGCUCGUCGCAAUGUCUCUGAUGCCCAAAUGUCUCCCGAGGACGUAUCGCCACGCUCAGUCGCACACCAACGCCCUCAAGCCAUGCAGAGCCCCGAAUACCAUCGUCGCCGCGUCCCUCGCUUCGAGAAGCCCCUGCCGCCACGCAUGUCCAUUUCGAACCACUCCCCGAACGACGAUGUCCAAUUGACCGCUGCUACCUUCACCCCCUCGAGCGCUGGUCUUCUCACUCCCAACAGCUACGCCAACUCAGACUACUUUGGGAGUACCGCUUCGAGUAGCUACGACAAGUCUCCGCAGGCUCUGCCACCUCGCACUUCGUCGCGCCAAAACGGCUCCAUGCCUAGAUACGAUGUCAGUCCUGUCGACAGUACUUCAGGCAGGGGCCGAGAUAAGGACAAGAAGACAAUGCUCUCAAAAGCCUUGGAGAAGGCAAAUACCGCCGUCUUACUCGACAAUGCCAUGAAUUAUGAAGGCGCUCUCGAAGCAUACCAGGACGCUUGUCGAUUGCUGGAGCACGUUUUGGAUCGCACUUCAACCCCCGAUGAUCGCAGGAAACUUGACGCUAUCCGCGACACGUAUACCAUUCGCAUCGAAGAGUUGUUGCAGAUUCAACUAACCACCCAGGCUACGCGGCGGGACAAGCAACUCCCGCCAAGACCCAUGAGCAACGAAUCUAUGAUUUCCGCUAUAUCUUCUCCGGACCGCAACUCGGCCAUAAUCGAGACAGCCACCUUGACUCGUAUCAUUGAUGCCCCACCUUCGGCAGGCAAUUCGGCUUUGCCCUCGCCCAUUGAUGGCCCGCCUACCUCGUUCUUAGCCGUCUCGCCUGCCCAAGGUCCGCGAACCUCCUUCUUGACCAGUGCUAUCCAAGAGGUAGAAGGGACAUCCGCCCCUGGUGCCUUCUUAGGCCCUCUGUGGGAGCGUGAAAGGUCCAGAUCUCCUUUUAGAGAUUCCACAAUCAGUCAUGAAACUGCUCGCCCUUAUGAUGCAUUAGAACCCGCUCUGAUGCCACGACCGUUGACUCCUCGAGGACAUGACGAGUCUGACGAAUCCUUUGAGCUCGACUCAAGGCCCGUCACGGCUGAAUCUCAAGAAAACAAUAAGAGUGCAGACCCUGUAUCUUGGCUGGACACGAUAGAUGAAUCUGGCUCAUCUGGCUCGCCGUCCAACACCACAACAUCUACGCGCUCGCCCUCUUCUUCAGUACACGAGCGUUCGCCUGUGAGAGGAGUACACCGAAGGGACCUCAGCACUGCCCUCAGUCAUGCCAGCUUGGACUUUGACGCUGCCUUUGAUGCAGCGGUUGAGGCUGCCUACGAAGAUGGCUACGAAGUCGACAAUGAUUUCCUUGCGGACCCUGUCAUGACCCAGGAAAAUCAUCCUUUGUCGGGACUCGAUCUCAGUGUGCCUCCACCUGCAUCAGACCAAUACCACGGCUUCGGUGGCGACAGCCAGCUUGAUGACGACGAAGCAGAAGAAGAAAGAAUCCUGGCAGAUAUUACGAACGACUAUAUAGAUCACGGCUUCGACUUCGAUAUUCAAUCCAAGUCUGCUUUGCCGCGGCAGUCAGAUUCAAGCACAUAUUCCGGCCGCACAUAUCAAAGUUCGCAGGUGUCCAACCGAACGACUGCAGGCACCUCGUUGUCAACUGUUGCUGAGAAUGUUGUCUCCAAACACACGCCAACUUCAUCUUUAGCAACCGACAUCUCCAAGACCUCCCCCGAGCAGAUCAGUGGGGCCCAGCAAACCACUACUCCAAGUCGACGCACUGCUGGUACAAACUUCAAACAGCUCAAGAUCGAAACUUCACGCAAGCCCACUCUCAGGUCGCGUGGCUAUACGAAUACUGAACCUAAGGAGACUACUGAUGUUGCUGGUGCAGACGAUGAAGAGGAUGCGGAUCGUCGAAUCUCAGAGGUUCCUAGUUUACGUCGUGUGGAAGCAGCUCUUGCUUCGCCUUACCACAUGCGAUCUGCUACCUCAGACACUGCAACGUCUAUGUCAUUAGACAGUUUGCCAGAGAAUCCGGAUGCUUUGAACAGCAGCUAUCGUUCACCAAGACCAAGACUUUUCCGUGGAAGGAACAAAUCUUCACUCAGUCUCCGGGACACAGGCUUCAUCUCCGAGGAGACUGAUACUGCCCCAGCUUCACCUAUGUCGGCCUUCCCGACAAACGGAGAAGCACCACCUUUCAGAAGGUACAUCACACCACCUGGGGGCUCAAUAUCUAUUACACGCACAGAGUCGGUCUCAGGAGGCCAUCACAUCUUUGACAGCUUUCUUAACCCACCUAAUCAACCCCCUUCUCCUGGAGCAGAUGAUUCGUAUUCACCUUCAUCCUUAGAACCUUGCCCGGAGCCAACAUUAUUACGACCUUUCUGGAUGCUUCGCUGUAUUUCGAGUGUCAUUAAUCAACCUCGCGGCGGUUUCUUGACCACUCGUCUUUUCGUCCCUCGUCAGAUUUGGCUGAAUCGCAGCAUCAAGCUCAAAAGUGUUGAAGACAAGAUUGCCAAUUGCGACCUUUUGACUGCCGCCUUGGGAAAGUUGUCCAAGGUCGAUACUUAUGAUGCUGAUGCUGUGUUGGAAGAGCUCCAAGGCUUUGAGGAGGUGAUGGAACGCGUGCAAGCUGUGCUCAUCAAGCGUCUGGGCAAUGAAGUUGGUGUGCAAGGCGUCAGUGCACUCUUCAAGGACGCACCUGUCGCAAUCGAUAGCACAGGCACAACUGCCGAUGCUCGCGAACCAAAGCCCAACAAGAGCUAUCUCAGUUCAUGGCGCAAGCUUCGUGGAAAGAACUCGACAGGCGGUGUCACCAUUCCUUUGAGCAGCAGCCGUACGGACAAGGAGGUUGCCAACAUGGCUAGCGUGCCGAUGACCAGUUUCGUGCCGAUUGACAAGCGCACCGCGCACAAGCACACUGCGUCUAAGGACAGUGGCUCCUUCGAAGGUCCACACAAAGAGUACAUGAACAGCGUAUCUCGACUGUGUGAGGCCGCACAAGUACUCGACCAAGUCGCCCGUCAAGUCGAGGACCCAGGCCUCAAGCAUUCAUCGCCUACCCACAUCGGCCUCGAACUCAGUACCCGUCAUGCCGCAGAGUUCUUUGGUUUCUACGUUUGCAGAUUUAUACUCAGCGACAUCACUCUGCUGAUGGACAAGUAUGUCAAGAGAAGUACAGAGUGGGUCAUUGCAUGAUCAUCGCCUGUCUCCUCUGGCGUAUUCCGAUCCACUUGAGAGAAAAUAUCUCUCGUGAACCUUUUGCAUUCUUUGCAUUUCGCACUCUGCAUUGCAUUUUCCGCUGUGCUGCAUCUCACCUUGUACAACACGAGAUAAGCAAGCCAUCAUUGUUCUUGUUUCUGGCAUCGUUUUUCUGUUGGAAGCAUACCCAAAAAGGUCAUACGUGACCUUUUACUGUCUUGUCUUUUCAUGUUCUGCUUUUCUGCGAAUUUGUCACGUUGUUUUUUUGGAUCUAAUACCAUGGAGAAAGGGGGCAACAGAAAAAGGCGUCCUACCUAUGAAAGAAUGAAGUUCCAAGAAAAGGCCUUUUAGAUGAAUUAUUCCCCACUGGUCCUGAAUUAAUAUGCAUUUGUUUUUCUUCUUCAUUGUUUGGUCUUUCGUGGUUUUAUCACGAAUCUCGAGGAUUAGGUGC